GAGAUAAAAAAUAUUAAAAUAAAAUGAUGUAUCUUUAUACGUUUUGGUGUCUAUAUAAAGAACUUCUUUAUAAUUGUGGUUCUAUCUCUAUAGUUUAUAAACUCUACUAUAGUACCGGUUACCGACUACCGUUCGCUCAGUAACGGACUCGUAUUUAAACACGUUUGUUUUAAUGUAGUUUGAUAGUUCAUUAGUUUUAACAGUUUCGGCAUUUUUAUCUAUAGGUACCUCAGCGCUUCAUAUUCAUUAUUCAUAUUUUAAGUAAUUUCCAGAAACUCAACCAUAUAGUUUAUCUUCAGUCUAUACUUUAUAAUAUUAUAUUCUAAGUCUGUGGCAUUCGACAUUAUAGUACACCUAUAAUAGUAUACACAGUCACAGUGGCACCUAUAUUUAGUUUAUACUUUUUGGUCGUUAUUAACUUAUCAGUGAUUUGUUGAUUUUGUGGGCAGCAGCCACAUUCAGUAUUUAGUUUCGUUUCUAAAACUGUUGCAAAGACUUUGAGAACAACUAAAAAGUGAUAACGUGUAUUGCUUCGUUUUGUUAAAUUUCAGAUAUAGAAUUUUUCAAUUUUCAGUAACAUUUUAUUUUUUCUAAGUUGCUAAUAUUAACCAAUACCAUUAUGUCGUUAAAGAGCUGUUUUUAUUAUUUAAUUAAUGUAGUAAUUGGCAUAAUUUUGUCAAUUUUAGCGAUGAUAGCUAUUCGUAUUGCAUAUUGUUAUACUACAAAAAAUAAUUGUUUAAUUUAUAAUACUCCGAUGGUAAUCAAUACGUGGGCGUUUACUGAUGCAACAACAAAAAGUUGGGAAGUGUUAAACAUGACAGGCUCUGCAAUUGAUGCAGUUGUAGCUGGAUGUACAGUUUGUGAACAAGAGCAAUGUGAUGGUACUGUUGGUUAUGGUGGAAGUCCUGAUGAAAAUGGAGAAACUACCUUAGAUGCCCUCAUCAUUGAUGGAUCUACAAUGAAUAUGGGUGCGGUAGGGCAUAUGAAACGUAUCAAAUCAGCCUCUAAAGUUGCAAAGUUUGUGAUGGAAAACACAAAACAUACUCUUCUUGUAGGUGAUGAAGCAACUAAAUUUGCUAUAGAGAUGGGCUUUAAAGAGACUAAUCUUAGCACAAAUGAUUCAAUGAACUUGUGGAAACAAUGGAAAACUAACAAUUGUCAGCCAAACUUUUGGACUAAUGUCAGCCCAGAUCCAAAAAAGUAUUGUGGACCUUACAAAUCAAAUUUGAACACACAAUCAAAACCUGAGUCAAAUCAUAUGGAUACAAAAAAUCAUGAUACUAUUGGAAUUAUUGCAAUUGACCAAGAAGGUAAUAUUGCUGCUGGUACAUCUACAAAUGGUGCCAAAUUCAAAAUACCUGGAAGAGUUGGUGAUUCUCCCAUUCCUGGAUCAGGUGCUUAUGCUAUGAACACAUUUGGUGCUGCUGUAGCAACAGGUGAUGGAGACAUACUAAUGCGUUUUUUACCAAGUUUCCAUGCAGUACAAGCAAUGAAGCAUGGCCAUCUUCCAAAGGAUGCUGCUCAAUUAGCCAUAGAUACGAUUGCCAAUUAUUAUCCUGACUUUAGUGGAGCAGUUAUUGCUGUUAAUAUUUAUGGACAUUAUGGUGCUGCUUGUCAUGGAUUUGACAAAUUUCCUUAUUCUAUUGCAAAUUCUGAACAGAAUAACGUGUCCAUACUUUAUAUCACAUGUACCAAAUCAAAAUCAUGAAAUUAUUACCGUUGGUCAUUUUUGUAUAUCUAUUUUAAAUAUUCUUAGAUAAUGUUUUAAAGGUGCAUUGUACUAUGUUUUAAUCAGUGUAAUAAUUUAAAUAUUCGUGUUUGCCGUUUUUAAUAAUAUUUUAUACUUAUUUUAAAAAUAAAUAUUUUUUUGUACUUGUUAAACUAUAAUUAAUAAUAAUUCACAUAAACACUA